GCCCGUUUCAGCAACAUGGCUGCGUUCAUGCAAUACGUGUUGACUAGCGAUAGCAGGAGAAAGUAACACCGAUCAAUAAGACUGAAAAAAAGUAGAAGUAAUUUAAUAUCAAUGUGCCUUUUAUGAGUCUGACCUGAUCAAAACAAAAUGCAAGUCCUGUACUUGUUUCUGGAACUUUCAACACUGCUGUGGCUAAUAGAAGGAAAACAGAAGCCUGUGACAGUGAAACUAGAUGCUAAAUGGUCAUCUACUCCAGUACUGCUUGAAAUCAGUGAAUUCUUGGCAAAAGAAUCCAAUGAUGUCUUCUGGUCCUUUGUGCAAGAUGUGAUGCGCAUCAGUCCCCAGACGUUUGAUGCUGAAACGGAUCAAAGUUUGCACUUGCUGGCACUCAAACUGGCUGCUCGGCAAAUUAGUCCACUACAGUUUAACCUCCUCAAGUUUGCACUGUCACUUCGGGCAUUUUCACCUGCAGUGCAAACUCAUCAACAAAUUGCAAAGGAAUAUUUAACAGCUGAAAAGUGUAAGGCAUUCAUUGAGGUCGGAGGUCGAAGUCACUUGUGACCCACAGCAGGUGGACAGUCUUUUGGAAGGAAAUGGGUCUUUGUCAUUAGUGUAUACAUUUGACCAUGUCUACCCGGGUGCAGAGGCAAAGAGUCCAGUGGUUAUUUUGUAUGGGCAACUUGGGACGCAAGAUAUGUUGAAUUUCCAUCGUGUUCUUGUGACUAAAGCUCAAGAAAGAGACAUCCAGUAUGUUCUGCGACACUUUGUUCAGGAGCCUGCAGAGAGCAAUGUUCGCCUGUCAGGAUAUGGAGUUGAGCUUUCCCUUAAGAGUACUGAGUACAAGGCCAAAGAUGACACAAAGUUUGAAGGUGGAACAGAUGGUGAGUCUAUUGACUUUGAGGAUGAAGAGGAAGACUUACAAGGAUUUGUCUUUUCAAAGCUUAGACAGCUGCAUCCAGAUCUUCAAAAAGAACUUAAAGAGUUUCACUCUCACCUGCGAGAGUCAGCCACAGAACUUGCUCCCUUAAAGGCAUGGGAACUUCAGGACCUAAGUCUGCAGGCAGCGCAGAGAGUGCUUAGUUCCAGUCCUGCUGAUGCCCUCCAGAUUUUGACAGACAUCAGCCAGAACUUCCCAACCCUGGCACAGUCUUUGGUCAAGACAGUAGUACCAGUUGAGCUCAAGGAGGAGAUAAGGCAGAAUCAAGAGUUUUUUGAGCGUAACCAUAAUUUGUUUGCUGGGGAAUCUGCAUUUUUUCUGAAUGGACGUGCAAUGGACAUGGAGAUCUAUGAUGUCUUCACCCUCCUUGACAUCAUGCUUGCAGAGGCAAAGCUGGUGGAAGGACUGCACACACUUGGAUUCAAAGGAGAAUGGCUCCAAAAAAUACUGCAGUUGGACCUUUCAUCAGGGGAGGAUACAGGAAAUGCAUUGGACAUCCGUCACUCAGCUGUUCAGUACCUAAAUGACCUUGAGAAAGACAGCAAAUAUAGAGGAUGGCCAGCUAGCGUGCAGGACAUUUUGAGGCCCACCUUCCCUGGCAUGCUACGUCAUGCCAAAAACAUAUUUCACCUUACGUUUAUCAUAAACCCAGCAGAGGAUGCCAGUAGAGAGCUGCUGAAAAUGGCUGAAGCGUUUUAUGUGCACAGUGCUCCCAUCAGGUUGGGUAUUGUUUUGCAAGCAAGUGCUGAUGCAUCUGCAAAGGAAGAUGCAGGAGUUGCAUUUGCACGAGCCUUUGACUUCAUCAAAAUUGACCAGUCUCCAGCCAAGGCCUUGUCCUUCAUUACGGAUGUUUAUGAAAAGGUUGGGAGUGAAAAGAUAACAGCUGAGAGCAUUAUUGCAGAGUUUAAUGUACAGUAUCCUGGAGAAGACUUGGAGCUUGUGUUUGGCAGCAGCUCGGAGUAUGAUGAUACAAGAAAGGCAGGCAUUGACUACAUCCAGCGGUCAGGACUCCUGGGAUUCCCACAAGUGCUGGUAAAUGGUGUUCCACUGGACAAGAAAUAUUUGUCUCAAGAAGACUUUGAGGAAGGUGUUGUUGGAGAAAUACUGAAACAAACACAGGUUAUACAGAAAGCUGUCUAUCAUGGUAAGUUGACAGAUUCAGAUGUGGUGCUAGACUGGCUGAUGGAACAAGACAAUGUUAUGCCCAGGCUCAACUCCAGAGUACUCUCCUCUGCUGCUGCUCAACUCGACCUCACAGAAAAUGUAGAUGGUUCUGUUCUUGAUGACCCUGCAUUAUUUGAGAUGCUGAAUGUAAGAGAGAUGUCAGGUGCUGUGGCUGCAAGAUUGAAAUAUCUGACCAGGCGAGAUGAACCUGCCGUACGGCCAGUAACCAUGUGGGUUGUGUGUGACCUUCAGACACCAGAGGGUCGUGACCUAUUGUACAAUGCCAUCAAACAAGUGAAAGCCUCCAAUGAACUGCGUGUCACUUGGGUCCCAAGCUCAGCAGCUGCAGAUAAUGUGGAUCUGGUGAGCCGGGCAGCAUGGGUGGCACUGCGUGACUUGCCAGGCAUGCUGUCCAAGAGUUUUUUGACUAAGCUUGUCAAGGAGGAGAACUAUGCUGAAAUUUCUGCUGGGACCAAGACACUAAGAGACCUGGAAGUAAAUGGUAUGGACAUGGAUAGCUACUUGGCUGCUGUUGAGGCAGAAACAGGAGGAGUACUCAAGUCUUUGUCGAUGUUCACCAGGCGUGUUCUAGGCUUUACUGUAGGGCAACGAGGAGUUGUGGCCAAUGGAAAGAUCUAUGGCCCACUGGGAGCUCAAGAGGAUUUCACACAAGAUGACUUUGGAUUGCUAGAGAAGGUUAUCAGCGUUCAAGCAGGUGCUAAGCUACGUGAGCAAGUCAAGGCAGUUGGCAUUGACGGAGACAGAGGAAGUGAGAUGGUGAUGAAGGUGUCAGCAUUGCUCAGUUCUCGGUCAAGAUCAGAGUCACGCAGCAAGGUUGUCUUCAGGGAAGACAAAUACAGUGUUGUCAAAAUACCAGCAGCUGAUGACCUGCCAGCUUUCACUGUGGAGGCUAUCGUGGACCCAGCAUCAAGAGCUGCACAAAAAAUGGCUCCUAUACUGCAGAUCCUUCAUGCAGUGGCAAAUGUGGACAUCCGCAUCUAUAUGAACUCUCGCCAGCAUCUGUCAGAGAUGCCUCUGACCAGGUUCUACCGCUAUGUGCUAGAACCAGAGCUUAUGUUUCGUUCUGAUGGAAGUGCAGCAGAAGGUCCUGUAGCUCGCUUCAUAGCUCUUCCCCACAAGUCGCUGCUGACACUCGGCAUUGAUGCCCCAGAAUCUUGGCUUGUGGAAUCUGUGUCCUCUGUCUAUGACCUAGACAAUAUUCUGCUGGAGGAGGUGGACAAAGGCAUAAAUGCUGGCUUUGAACUUGAGCAUCUUCUCCUUGAAGGACAUUGUUCUGAUGCCACCACCAUGCAUCCACCUCGUGGACUGCAGUUUAUUCUGGGCACCGAGAACAAGCCUGAUAUUGUUGACACGAUUGUCAUGGCAAACUUGGGAUACUUCCAGCUGAAGGCCAGCCCUGGGCUAUGGAGACUGCGUCUACGCGAAGGUCGCUCACAAGAGCUUUACACCAUCCAGAGCCAUGAGUUCACGGACACACCUGCUGGAUCUUCUGAUGUCGUUGUGGCAAUGAACAGUUUCAAGAGCAAAAUCAUCAGAAUCAAGGUGUCAAAGAAACCAGACAAGCUGCAUGAGAAGCUCCUGGAGGAUGGACAGCAAGAGUCACAAGGUCUGUGGGACUCCAUUUCGAGUUCAUUUUCUGGUCACAAAACAGAGGAGGACGAAGACAAGACUCUGAACAUCUUCUCAGUGGCUUCAGGUCACCUGUAUGAGAGAUUUCUGCGAAUCAUGAUGUUGAGUGUGCUCAAACACACCAAAUCAAAAGUCAAGUUUUGGUUUCUGAAGAACUAUCUGUCUCCAACAUUCAAGGACUUCAUCCCUCACAUGGCCAAGCACUAUGGUUUUGAGUAUGAACUUGUUCAGUACAAGUGGCCACGGUGGUUAAACCAGCAGAAAGAGAAACAGCGUGUCAUAUGGGGCUACAAGAUUCUGUUUCUGGAUGUGCUGUUCCCACUUGACGUUAAAAAAAUUAUAUUUGUUGAUGCCGAUCAGAUUGUACGAACUGAUCUGCAAGAACUUCAUGACCUUGAUCUUGGUGGAGCACCAUAUGGAUAUACACCUUUCUGUGACAGCAGAAAGGAAAUGGAUGGCUUCAGGUUCUGGAAGUCUGGCUAUUGGCACAGUCACCUUUCUGGCAGAAAGUAUCACAUCAGUGCACUGUAUGUUGUUGACCUGAAGAAGUUCCGACAGAUCGCUGCAGGCGACAGACUGCGUGGUCAGUACCAGGGUCUGUCCCAGGACCCCAACUCCCUUGCAAACCUUGAUCAGGACCUUCCCAACAACAUGAUCCACCAGGUGGCGAUCAAAUCACUGCCUCAGGAGUGGUUGUACUGUGAGACUUGGUGUAGUGAGACGGAGAAGGCCCGUGCCAAGACAAUUGAUUUGUGCAACAAUCCAUUGACCAAAGAGCCAAAGCUACAGGCAGCCAUGCGUAUAGUUCCUGAGUGGAAAAACUAUGACUAUGAAAUCAAGCUUCUAUGGGACCAAAUUUAUGGCACAAACACAAAAGCCCAAAUAGAAUAUGAACCUCCAAAUAUUGCAGAUUUCACAACAAAGACAGAGUUAUGAUGUGUGGUUGUAGCUAGCAAUAUCAUUUAAGUGUGAAUGGGAGGGAAAAUGGAGGAUGAACUUUAAAAAGAUUUAUUGAGUGUCCUGCCAUCUAUAAGAGUCAGUUUUGUCAAUUGUGAAUUCUCCAGCAUGAACAUGUAAUUCUCAAAAAAAAUAUAAAUAAAUAAAUUGGUGCUGUAAGGUUACGUUGACAAAAAUUCUGUUAGUGAUCCCAUGACUUGAAAAGGUAUGUUUAACUUGAGAGAAAGUGCAUAAAGAGUGUAAACAAAAAACACUUGUCUCAUGAGCAUUGCAGUGGCAGCACAAUAGUGGAUGGGAAUUUAAUUUUUUCAAGCAUUGUAGGUUUUAGGUUUUAAAUCUUAGGGGUGAGGAGAGGGAAAGGCAGUUGAUAGCAAAUGAUUAUAUCCUUAUUAAUGCUUCUGUUGCGGCGCUAUGCUCCUCAAGGGAGCAACAAGGAAUAAACUAAACUAUUAAUGCUUCAAUUUGAGAUUGAUAAAUAGAGUGUCUCACCUUUUUUUUAUGUUGGUACUAUUUAAGAAAAGGAUGACAGAUGAUAUCACAGCAUCAGAACUGCCACACCUCUUUCUUGGGUUAUGAGUUUUUCUCCUUUUGGUAACUAAGGACUUAGCUAUAGAUCUUCUACUACUGAAAGUUUCAACUGAAGAAUUUAACACCUUUUGCAUGUUUACAGGUAAGUUCAGAGGCACUAACAAUGUAAAACCAGUUUGAGAAAUUUGUUUGUUUGUUUGUUUGUUUUUGUUUUUUUUGUUUUUUUUUUUGUAGAAGCUUGUUCAAGAAACCUUGUGUGUCGUAAACCUUGUGUCCCAACAAGGAAGUUGUGCCUUGAUACCUUUAUGACUGGUCCAAUAAUGACAGUUCAAUUGUUCUUGACGCCUGAGUUACUGAUCUUAAUACUGGCAGUCUGGUCAUCAUUGUAUCACAAUCUCACAUCAUUAAAAGGGAUUCUUGGGGAAGCAGGUAGUCGAGUAAUUAAAGCACUGGUGCGCACAUACACACUCACAUAAAGUAGCUUGAUCAAUACUUGUGUGGCACAGCAGACUUUUCCCCAGUUUUUCCAGCUGCUAAAUGGGUACCUGAAUCCAUAGAGCAGUGAGCCUGGUGAGACAAAGAGAGGAAAGGAAUGGACUACUACCUUCACAAAUAAGUUGGUUUCAGGAAAAUUGCAGUCUUUAAUGCUUUGUCCUCCAAUGACCCAGAGGCUAGAAGGCUAACAUAACUAUUUUCCAAGCCAGGCAGACUGUGUGUGAGCUAAUGCUGAUGUCCUAAAUCUCCUGUGAUCAGGUGUUACUCAGUUGGCACCAUCAGACAGCAUUCUAUGCUGUGUUUUUAAGGUAGCAUUCUGUUGCUGAGUAUAACUGAUAGCUUCAGGUAAUAAACAUCACUGGUGCCAACAAAGUGUGUAGCUUGUUACGAUUUAAGCACCAUUUACAAAUAUAGGUACAUAAUUUAUUAUAAUCACCAAAUUUAUUUUGAGCACUAUUGUUUUGAAGAAUGUAGCAGCAGGAUUUAAAGAUGUAGCAGUAGAAAGGGCAUAUUUUUUAGGCACACAUUGCACUUUAAACAAUCAUUUUUCCAAUCAGUUGUUGCUUUUAGAUGUAUAAUACCUCCUUUCCUCAAACGUAAUACUAAGUGCUGGUAAAAUAGGAUUCAGUUUUAGUCUUUUUUUUAAAGAUCAUGUUGUCUUCUCAAGAGAAUUUCUGUUGAUGUUCAUCUGCAUGUUGAAACUGUUUCCAGUAAACCCUCGACUUGUCAGACCAUUUCCUUUAUGAAGAUGGGUGCUUGUUAGGUUUAAUGCACUGCAAAGGUCCCUUCACUGUUUGAUGGAGGUUAGGAGUUUUUUCCUACAGAUAUAAUUUAUUUUUAAUUCAAUGUACUAAUAUUCCAAAACCACAUAGCAUGGUAGCAGUCUAAGAUACAGUCGUUUGAGUCUUCCUGUUGUUAGCUUGUUCAGUGAUGUUGUGCAUUGUGGUGAGCACUUGUUUGUCUCCACAUUUUAUCUCUUGCUGGCAGAGCAAGGCAGUUUGAAAACAAUCAUUUCAGAAACAAUGUUCACUUUUUGUGUUUGUCUUGUCAGUGCAGUUUGGUGAAUCUGGAAAUAAUUUAUUUAUAUGGGUUGGAGAAAGUUCUACAGGGUUAUUUUAUUAACAGGUUUUCUUAAAUGUUCCCACAAAUUAAAAAAAAAUUAACUUGGAAUGAGACAACAGUUUAUUUAUUCUAAUAAUUCUGUUCAGUCUCUAUCAUCAGGGAGUACUGUGCAAGCCCUACUUAAUCUUCAGAUCAUCUUAGAUAAUAUUUCACAAUGCUAUUUUCAUUGCAUAAUCUUGCUUGGAGUGGUUAUAGGAAAGGGUUUUUUUUUUUGUUAGUGCUGGUACAUCAGUGGAUAUUUGAUAAGCAUACCUGUGUAAAAUGCCAAACAUAAGAACAUCUGAUCAUAUUUCCGUAGCCACAUGUUGUGGAAUAUUUUUUAUACUUGUCUAAAAUUUUUCAUCAUGUCUGGAAGUGUGGGCAACUGCAAGAAAAUCGACCAAGCAGUCUGUAGAUAUACAUGGCAAGUCGGGAAUCCUGAAGGUGGACUUGGAUUGAGCCAUUAAGAAGCAGAUUCACCAUGUGAUUGAUGAUGUUAUCUCUGAUAUACAUGUUUGGUGACUGGAUCACAUGACAUUCCACUGCACUGUAUCCAUGUGUUUAGAUGAUGUGCAGUGCAUGUUUAUAUUCAAUGUUCUGAACUGAAGUCUGAAAUACAGUAAAUGAAGUGAGCGAGUAUUAAAAUAUUUGAAAAAAAGA